AUGGAUUCAGAACCAGCACCCCAGCUUGAGGAGAUAGAGCAAGAGGGUGUCGGUGGAGGGACCAUGAAGAUGGAGGUGAAAAAUAAAACCAAGAAGAAAAAGAGUAAAAUGAGUUCUUAUUUCCCCAGGUUUGGUUGUUUCAGAAUCGAACAUGAUGUCUCGGGGGGAGGUUUUGAUAUUGAGGUUGUUGAUGCGUCUGGUCAGCGUCCCACCCCUACCCACUUGAUCAUAAUGGUUAAUGGUCUCGUUGGCAGCGCUCAGAAUUGGAAAUUUGCUGCAAAACAGUUUCUGAAAAGGUAUCCAGAAGAUGCUGUUGUACAUUGCAGUGAACGCAAUUCUUCAAUGUUGACAUUUGAUGGGGUUGAUGUAAUGGGAGAUAGACUAGCAGAGGAGGUUAUAUCAGUUAUAAAACGUCACCCAAGUGUUCAGAAAAUUUCAUUUGUAGGUCACUCUUUAGGAGGCUUGGUGGCAAGAUAUGCAAUAGCCAAGCUUUAUGGGAGAGACAUUUCUAUGGAAAUUUCUGUGGGGAAUGGACAUUGUGAAAGUCAUGUUUCAGAUCAAGAAUGUCAUGAUAAAAAAUAUGAAGGAAAAAUUGCAGGACUAGAGCCCAUAAAUUUCAUUACAUCGGCAACGCCACACCUUGGUUCUAGAGGGCAUAAACAGGUUCCUAUGUUUUGUGGAUUUUACUCUCUGGAGAAAGCAGUGUCUCGUGUUGCAGGGGUUUUUGGUAAAACGGGAAAACAUCUAUUUUUAACCGAUAGUGACAAUGGGAAACCCCCUCUUCUUCUCCAAAUGGUUCGUGACUCCGAGGACAUGAAAUUCUUGUCUGCUUUACGCUCCUUCAAACGCCGCAUUGCCUAUGCAAAUGUUCGUUACGACCAGCUUGUUGGAUGGAGUACAUCAUCUAUCAGACGUAGAAAGGAACUCCCAAAGCGCCGGCAUCUUUCUAGACACGAGAAGUACCCUCAUAUUGUAAAUGUAGAGACAGCAAAAUCUACUUGUGUUGCUGAGGAAAUUCCUGCUGAAUCCAAAGUGAAUGGUCGAUCCAGUAAACUUGAUUCGGAAGAGGAAAUUAUCAGAAGCUUAACAACAAUGAGCUGGGACAGAAUUGAUGUCAGCUUCAGUGGCAGUAAGCAGAAAUAUCUGGCACAUAGCACCAUUCAGGUGAAUACUUACUGUAUGAAUUCUGAUGGAGCAGAUGUGAUUCAACAUAUGGUUGACAGUUUUCAGAUAUAG